AUGGCUUCAAGGAAGAAGGUCCUCCUCAAGGUUAUUAUUCUUGGUGACAGUGGCGUGGGAAAGACCAGUUUGAUGAACCAAUAUGUCCGUUCAACCUCAAACCCCAAACCUAUUGCUCUGCGGCCGACCGUCAAUAAGAAAUUCAGCGGAAGCUACAAGGCCACGAUCGGAGCUGAUUUCCUCACGAAGGAAGUUCUCGUCGACGACCGACUGGUGACAAUGCAGAUCUGGGAUACCGCUGGCCAAGAAAGAUUCCAGUCAUUGGGAGUCGCUUUCUAUCGCGGCGCCGACUGCUGCGUUCUAGUCUACGAUGUCAACAACUCCAAGAGUUUUGAGGCGCUUGACAGCUGGCGGGAUGAGUUCUUGAUCCAGGCAAGCCCGAGAGAUCCGGAAAGUUUCCCAUUUGUUGUCAUCGGUAACAAGAUCGAUGUUGAGGAGAACAAGCGAAUGAUCUCCUCAAAACGAGCCAUGACCUUCUGCCAGUCAAAGGGUAACAUCCCUUAUUUCGAGACUAGUGCCAAGGAAGCGGUCAACGUCGAGCAGGCAUUUGAAGUCAUUGCGCGGAGUGCACUUGCACAGGAAGAGGCCGAGGAAUUCAGCGGUGAAUUCAGUGACCCGAUCAACAUCCAUUUGGACAAUGACCGCGAUGGAUGUGCCUGUUGA